UGAAUUGCGAAAUUGUCACCAACAAUGAUUAGGAAACAAAAGAUGAGAAAAAAGUUGUUUUCUUUUAUUGCUCAUUUUUUUUUUUGGAAACCAAAUAGAGGGUUAGGGUUUCUCUUUGAGUGUUUUUAAACUGUCAGUGCUAUAUUUGAAAAUUUUGAAUUCUAGGGUUUCAUUCUAGAAUCUAGAUAACUGCUGAAGCUAGAAUUCUUAUAAAAUUAAUUAUCUAGGAAUAUUAUCUUGUACAAUUAUAUAUGAAAACGAUUUGGCUUGUUUAAACAUUCACGAGUUUUACCGUGGAAAAAUAAAUGGUACCUACCAUGCUAAGAAUGAAUGAAGAGCAACCAAAAAAAACUUGAAUGUUAACGAAAGAAAAAGAAGAACUUUAAAGCGUAGAAUAAAUCAAAUGAAUUUAAUUUUAUUGGUUAUGGUUGAUAAAUGAUAAAAAGGUGAAUUUAUAUGAAUAUUAGGGUGAAUUUAUUAAUGAUUGUUACAGUUAAAUAAUAAAGAUAUUUGAGGGGAAAUAAGUGAUAUAAUAGGGAUACUUUUGGAAGAAAAAGGUCUAUGAACCCUUCUGUACUUUUAUAUAUAGUAUAAAUGUGUGCAUGUAUGCAAGUUGUUUUGUGUAUGUACAUAAGUGUGUGUGUAUAUAUGGUUAAGAUUUAAUUUGUUUCCAGACCUAACAAAAUAGAUUGCUUUCCUUAGAUUUGUGUAUUAUUUUGCAGAGGUGUGUUGAUAUCUAGGUGUUUAAUCCAUGGGACAUUAUUGAAAACAAGAAAAUGAGCAUUGUGUCCAAGGAGACAAUUGAGGUCAUAGCACAGAGCAUUGGAAUUGCCAAUCUGUCUGCUGAUGUUGCACUUGCCCUUGCUCCUGAUGUGGAAUAUCGCAUGCGUGAGGUCAUGCAGGAGGCAAUCAAAUGCAUGCGGCACUCAAAGAGAACUGUAUUGACAACAGACGAUGUUGAUAUUGCACUCAACUUAAGAAAUGUUGAGCCAAUUUAUGGCUUUACCUCGGGAGGUCCGCUGCGGUUCAAAAGAGCUGUUGGACAUAAGAAUUUGUUUUACAUCGAUGACAAGGAUUUGGAUUUCAAAGAUGUGAUUGAAGCUCCUUUACCGAAAGCACCACUUGAUACUGCAGUAGUUUGUCACUGGCUGGCUAUUGAAGGUGUACAACCAGCUAUUCCAGAAAAUGCUCCAGUAGAAGUCAUUGCAGCUCCUUCCGAUGGCAAAAAGUUUGAACAAAAAGAUGAUGGGCUUCCUGUUGACAUUAAAUUACCCAUUAAGCAUGUAUUGUCUAGGGAGCUUCAGCUAUACUUUGAUAAAAUAAUUGAUCUAACGGUGAAUAGGUCAGACUCUGCCCUUUUUAAAGAGGCAUUAGUGAGCUUGGCUACAGACUCAGGACUUCACCCAUUAGUUCCUUAUUUUACAUACUUCAUCUCCGAUGAGGUAUCUCGUGGUCUGAACGAUUUCAACCUCCUGUUUGCUUUGAUGCGUGUGGUUUGGAGUCUUCUUCAGAAUCCUCACAUACACAUAGAACCUUAUCUGCACCAAUUAAUGCCAUCUGUGGUUACCUGCCUUGUUGCAAAACGAAUUGGAAAUAGACUUGCAGACAACCACUGGGAACUUCGAGACUUCACAGCAAACCUGGUUGCUUCAAUAUGCAAAAGAUUUGGGCAUGUUUAUAACAAUCUGCAAACGCGGCUGACAAAGACUCUGCUCCAUGCAUUUUUAGACCCAAAACGUUCUAUGACCCAACACUAUGGUGCAAUUCAAGGUUUAGCAGCUCUAGGACCAAAUAUGGUUCGCCUACUUAUAGUGCCAAAUCUUGAACCAUACCUUCGACUUCUUGAACCUGAGAUGCUCCUUGAGAAGCAGAAGAAUGAGCUAAAGAGGCAUGAAGCAUGGUGUGUUUAUGGGGCCUUGCUGCGUGCGACAGGUCAAUCCAUAUAUGAUCGGCUCAAAAUGUUCCCAGCUUUGCCAUCCCCACCAGCACGUGUUUUCAGGACCAACGGAAGGGUAGUUACAUCACCACCAAAUAAACGCAAGGCAAACAAUGAGCACUUGGAGCAGCAGCCAUCUCUCAAGAAGAUAGCAACAGAUGGCCCAAUGGAUGUGGUGCCAACCAACUUGCCAUCUAACAUGCAACCGCCAGAAACAGAAGGUCCUGUUCCUUCGACUGAUCCUGACAUGGGCCCAUCAUCAUCUUCCAGGCAGAUUCCUCAUGGAAACAUUUCAGAUAGCAGAGAUAGAAAAGGUAAGGGUGAUAGUCGGGCUUUGAAGAUGUCAGCUGUCCUCACCCAAACUUGGAGGGAUGACUUGAAAUCUGGGCAUCUUCUGGUAUCGCUGUUUGAGUUGUUUGGUGAAAGCAUUUUGCCCUUCAUUCCAGCUCCUGAGAUGUCUUUGUUCUUGUAACCAUUCCGACAGAAAGAUUAAAAAAUCUGUUGCUGCCAUGGUAUAUAAUUCAUGGAAUCGCUUCAAUUCAAGAAAAAGGCUUAUUUCUAAUGAAUUAUUACAGAAGUUUUUGGUUU